CUCUUGAGAGAGAGGAAGACUGUGGUUCCCUCCUGAUUUCAGGGGUCUUGGUGAGAAGUCAUUUUAAGGAGUAGCCCAAGCCCCGUUUUUGUCGUGCCUCUCCCCACAAGGAGCAUCCUUUGGCUGGUCUUCCUGGAACUCUCUGGCGGUUCCGCCCCCGCCAUCCAGGUGCCUUAGUCCUGAAGCCACUGACCUCUUGCUGCUGGAACCGCGGGCCAGGCAAUACCUGCCUCAGCAGACGGCGUCCAAGGAUUUAGCGACAUCUGCCUAGCCACGUUGACGGUCCGCAUGUUGCGCCUUUCACUCACAGUUUGUCCGAGGAGGAGGAGCCCCUCCAGCGUUUUCUCAGUCUUGUAGUGUGCGCGCGCUCUGCUCUCUCCUCAGAGAUUAUGCUAGCUCGGGAACAGAAAGAUGGCAUUACUCCUGCCCCCAGCCUGGCUGUCUUGAGGGCGGUGCUUGGGGACUCCAUGGAGCCAUCCUUAGAACUCUUGAGUAGGCGCCGGCCUGAGAGCGCGUGGGUGAGCUGGCGAGAGAACAAGCUAAUUAGCCAAAUCCUACCUGUACCAGUAGCUAGGGUACACAGAUGCUGAACUGAAUCCCUCGGGGGACACUCAGGCUGCGCUCUCUCUUCUGCCCUGACUCAUUUUCUGCUGACCUUAGAGGGCACGCAUUGGCAGAAUUCCUCACAAGGACCAACAGAGUGGCUACCCAUUUGUCUGGGGGAGCUGCAAAAGGAGCCUCCAAGGAGACAGCUGCUCCCAUGCUUCUUCACACACCUGCAAUUGGACUCCAGACUUGGCACUGGAAUGCUUGCCUUUAUCUUGUUCAAUUUUCUCAGCACAGAUGUUGACAACUGGAUUUGGGGGCCGAUCAGCAGUCAAGUUCAAAUUGGUACUCCUGCGUUCUCCAUUCCAGACUGCAAGCAUAACUGAGUCUAGAAGAGAUAGGUCUCCUUACCGGCUGAAGUCUGGUCUGGAACUCAACUUGACAGAGCCAACCUGACUGGUACUUGGAUUGCAGUGGCGACAGGGUUUUGAGGGGAUGGCUUGGACGAUGCUUUGAACACCACAGCACAACACUCAGAACCUCCACAAUGGAUAGAGUUUAUGAAAUUCCUGAGGAGCCAAACACAGAUCCGGUUUCAUCUGUAGAAGAAGAUGUCAUCCGAGGGGACAACCCCCGCUUUACCUUCCCAUUUAGUAUCCUCUUUUCCACCUUUUUGUACUGUGGGGAGGCUGCAUCUGCCCUGUACAUGGUUAGAAUAUAUCGAAAGAAUAAUGAAACAUUCUGGAUGACAUAUACAUUUUCUUUCUUUAUGUUUUCAUCUAUUAUGGUGCAGUUGACCCUCAUUUUUGUCCACAGAGAUCUGGCCAAGGAUAGGCCACUAUCAUUAUUUAUGCAUCUAAUCCUUUUGGGACCUGUUAUCAGAUGUUUGGAGGCCAUGAUAAAGUACCUCACACUGUGGAAGAAAGAAGGGCAAGAGGAGCCCUAUGUCAGCCUCACCCGCAAGAAGAUGCUAAUAAAUGGCGAGGAGGUGCUGAUAGAAUGGGAGGUGGGCCACUCCAUCCGGACGCUGGCUAUGCAUCGCAAUGCCUACAAACGUAUGUCACAGAUCCAAGCCUUCCUGGGCUCAGUGCCCCAGUUGACCUAUCAGCUGUAUGUGACUCUGAUCUCUGCAGAGGUCCCCCUGAGCAGAGCUGUGCUAAUGACCUUUUCCUUGAUAUCUGUCACCUAUGGGGCUACCCUCUGCAAUAUGUUGGCUAUCCAGAUCAAAUAUGAUGACUACAAGAUUCGCCUUGGGCCACUAGAAGUCCUUUGCAUCACCAUCUGGAGGACACUGGAGAUUACUUCUCGCCUUAUGAUUCUGGUGUUAUUCUCAGCCACCUUGAAGUUAAAAGCCUUGCCUUUCUUAGUGCUCAACUUCCUGAUCAUCCUCUUUGAGCCUUGGGUUAUGUUCUGGAGAAGUGGUGCCCAAAUGCCCAAUAAUAUUGAGAAAAAUUUCAGCCGGGUUGGCACUCUGGUGGUGCUAAUUUCAGUCACCAUCUUAUAUGCUGGCAUCAACUUCUCUUGCUGGUCAGCACUGCAGUUGAGGUUGGCAGACAGAGAUCUUGUUGACAAAGGUCAGAACUGGGGACAUAUGGGCCUACACUAUAGUGUGAGAUUGGUAGAGAAUGUGAUAAUGGUCUUAGUAUUCAAGUUCUUUGGAGUCAAAGUGUUACUGAAUUACUGUCAUUCUUUCAUUGCCUUGCAACUCAUUAUUGCAUAUCUGAUCUCCAUUGUCUUUAUGCUCCUUUUCUUCCAGUAUUUGCAUCCAUUGCGCUCACUUUUCAGCCAUAAUGUAGUGGACUAUCUCCACUGUGUCUGCUGCCACCAGCACCAUCAGGGAAGGGCUGAAAACUCAGAGCCACCUUUUGAGGCUGAAACAAGACAAAACAUUGUCUGAUUCUAUCUUUUGGGUAUUAUGGGAUGAACUGAGGGUUGCCAAGAGGAGUUAUGAAAUUGAGAGAGAGGAUGAGACUCAUGGGUAAGUAGCCAACAGAAGAUUUUCUUGAGUUUUCUGGCAAGCCUAUCAGAAGAAAGAGUAACCUCCCCAAAUAGGUUUUACUUCUUUAAGAUUUACUACUAGUCAGGAAUGGUGGUACAUACCUGUUAUCCCAGCUACUCAGAAGGCUGAGGCAGG